AUGUUUUUUCCACAGUUCAAUCCUUCAGCUUCUCUUUCCAAUAAUGAUCCUGGCUACAACUCUUCCCCGUCCGUCAGUGACAGAGUUCAUGUUCUGGUUCACAUUUAUUCUGCUAAUGCAGCAGAAAUGAAAUCGUCUGUUUUACAGAAAAUGAGGGAAAUCAAAAAAGCAGCCAGUGAGCUGGGAAUCUAUCAGCUGGCGAUUCUCACCCACAUUGAUGCAGCCUGUGGGGAAACUAAGAAUAAUAUCAGAAAUGUCUACAGGAGCACAUAUUUAGAGAAAAAGAUGACUGACUUCAGCUCCAGUCUGGGGAUCCCAAUGAACAGUAUUUUCCCAGUGAAGAACUACAUUCAUGAAAUUCAACUGGAUCCAAACGUCGACGUUCUGAUCCUGGACGCCCUGAGACUGAUGAUUGACUUUGGAGGCGACUACGCUAAAAACAGUCAACGUUUUAUUCCAGGCAUGGGGAGUGGUGCUCCAGGUUCACGUAAGUAAUACAGGAUUGUUUGGUUGAAA